GGAAUUAACUAAAUAAAAAAGAAACAAAAAAUGGCAGUGGCGGUAAAGGCAACAGCUAUCCUUCAGCGACAACCACCAGUUCCGAUACUUACACAACGCCGUGCGGCAAACUUGCUUAAUGUUCGCCGGAAAAUCAUCGGCGGAAGUUCUUUCGAUGGAAUCAAUCUGAGUAAGAGUUAUUCUAUCUCAUCGGCUUCUGGAAUUUGCAGGAGUACAAGCGCGAGUGCUACCAGCGAUGAGAUAAGAGACGAUGAGGUUUUGCCAAUUACGCCGUUGGAAGUGAAUCAAAUCAAAGAUAGGUGCAGUAAGUGGGAGUGGAGAGGUUACACUAUUAAUUACUUGAAAUAUGAAGGACAAAAUUGUCAGAAAUCAAACCCUCCGCUGCUUCUUGUUCAUGGUUUUGGUGCCUCUGUUGCUCAUUGGCGCAGGAAUAUCCCAACUUUGGGUGAGACCAAUACAGUUUAUGCCAUUGAUCUUCUUGGUUUUGGUGCUUCUGACAAGCCUGCUGGCUUCGAAUACACCAUGGAAGCAUGGGCAGAGUUGAUAUUGGAUUUCGUGGAUGAAAUUGUCCAAAGGCCUACAGUGUUGAUUGGGAACUCUGUUGGAAGUCUUGCUUGUGUUAUUGCUGCUGCAGAUGGUCAGCAGUCACAGGUUGAAGGGCUUGUUUUGCUCAACUGUGCGGGUGGCAUGAACAAUAAGGCGAUAGUUGAUGAUUGGCGAAUUAAGCUUAUAUUUCCUUUAUUAUUGUUAAUUGAUUUCUUGUUGAAGCAAAAGGGAAUUGCAUCAUUCUUCUUUGAACGUGUCAGGCAAAGAGAGAGUCUUAGAAACAUCCUAUCAUCAGUUUAUGGAAACAAGGACUCUGUGGAUGAAGAUCUCAUACAGAUAAUCAGGGAACCAGCACUUGAUGAAGGGGCACUGGAUGCGUUUGUGUCCAUUGUGACAGGGCCACCUGGGCCAAGCCCGGUCCAAUUGAUGCCAAAAAUUAAACUGCCGGUCCUGAUUCUAUGGGGCAAUGAAGAUCCGUUUACGCCUCUUGAUGGGCCGGUUGGUAGAUACUUUUCAUCAUUACCAUCUCAAGUUGAAAAUAUUAGUCUUUAUGUAUUAGAAGGUGUGGGACAUUGCCCUCAUGAUGAUAGACCAAAUUUGGUCCAUGAGAAGCUUGUCCCAUGGCUUGCUACUCUUCCUUCUUCAUAGAAACUUUCUUUGGAUUCCCUUCUUUUAACUUGCAUUUGUAGGUAUUUAUACGUGUGUGUAUAAAUGCAUCAAUUUGUAUAUCAAGCUUCUUGUAUUAUAUAUA